AUGCAUUCUCUGCAGGUGCUAAGGGUAGAUCCUGCAGGAAAGACUCGGCGCAUCUAUGUCAAGCGGCGAGACUUGCUUCGCGCAAACGGGCUGCAGCCACGUGAUUUGCGGCGGAUCGACCCUUCUCUGAGCUUGACAAAGACAUCGCCUAACAUCACCAUCAAAGACAAUGUCCUUGUCAUCAACCUGGGAGGCGUGAGCAGGUCUGUUAUACGUGCGGACAAGUGCCUGGUUUUCGAGCCGAACAGCCCCUGUUCUCAGAAAUUCUUGGAAAUUGUCUGCCCGCGGCUACAAGCCUCAGAAGGCGCGCAUGAGAGGCAGCAGAAGCAUGGGCAGAAUGUUUUGUUCCCCCAGGACGAAGAAAAGCUACCGCCCUUUGAGCUUGAGAUCCUUGAAGGUGCUCUCAUGGUCGCCACAGGGCGCCUGGAUGCCGAGCUUGUGGCUGUGUCAAAGAGAGUCAGCAAUGUACUGAUGAACCUACCGCGCGACAUCACACCUGUGAACCUGGAGGAAUUGCGACGGGUCAAGCAGUGUCUAGUGGAGUUGGAGUCCAAGGCAGACAACCUGAGGGACAUGCUAGAGGAACUAAUGGAUGACGAUGAUGAGGUGUGCAAAAUGAACCUCAGCAGCCGUCCCAUUCGAGAGGACCGUCCCGAGGCUGCGCUAGAGGAGAUGGACGAUGCAGAGAUGGAAGAGAGAGAGGUGGAGGAAACUGAGGAUUUGCUGGAGUACUACCUGCAGAGAGCGGCCGGCACUCAGAGCGAGGCAGAGCGCCUGCUUGCAGGGGCACGCGACUUGGAAGAGUCCAUUGGUGUCUCCCUCUCUGCACGGCGCUUCGAGGUGAACCGGCUCGAAUUGACCCUCAGCAUCGGCAGCUUUGCUGCAGCACUGGGAGCCAUGGUUGCCGGUAUAUUCGGCAUGAAUUUGAGAUCCACGCUAGAGGACAGCAUCAUUGGCUUCUGGGGAACAACCGUGGGGAUUGUGCUGUGCUGUGUGUGGGUCUUCUUCGCCCUCUUCUCGUACACGCGCCGACGUCGCAUUCUCUGA